AUGGUCCGUCUGUCAUCCGUGAGCCUCGUUGGCUCUGCCCUGGUGGGCAUGGGCAGCGCCGCCGGUGCUGGUUCAAAGGAGGACUAUGCCUCUGGUCGUGUCCACCACAAGAUUAUGGACAUCAAGAUGUCGCAAUGGGCCGAGGAGGAGGCUGCUGGUCUCAUGGACUCGUCGCGGUAUCCCGAACUUGGCUACACACCCUGUGUCAAUGGCUUUGCUGAGGCUAUCCCCGGGGAUCCCAGCAACACCUUCCGAUGCAGCAAUGUCGAUCUUUACCACUUCCUGUCCCACGCCGAGCUCGGCAGCUCAGCUAGCCGCGGAUCAUCCUCCUGGGGUUGGACCUCUGCUGACGGGCGCGAGUUUGUUGCCAUUGGCCAGUACGAUGGCACCGCAUUCGCUGAGAUCAGCAAGGAAGGCAAGUUUGUCUACCUGGGCCGACUCCCCCAGUACGACAGCAUCGGCUCCAACUGGCGCGAGAUCCGUGUCGUUGGCGACAUGGUCGUCAUUGGCUCCGAGGCCAUCAAGCACGGUAUCCAGCUCUUCGACUUCAAGAAGGUCCUUGAUCUCGACCCUGCCAGCCCCAAGACCUUCACCCAGGAGGACCUUGACGGCCACUGGGGUCUUGACAAGGAGGACGCCACCGGUGAGCCCGUUCCCUUCUGGGACUACCUACCCGUCGGCCGCACCCACAACGUUGUCGUCAACCAGGAGCUCAACUAUGCCAUUGCUGUUGGCUCUGUUGGCGGCAACGAGACCAUUCGUGUCCGUGACGACCUCCCCUGCCGUGGUGGUCUGAUCUUCCUCGACAUUGACGACCCCGCCAACGUGCACUCCCCUGGCUGUGCCGCCGGCGACGGCUACGUCCACGACGCCGAGUGUCUCGUGUACCGUGGGCCUGACGAGCGCUACUACGGCCGUGACAUCUGCUACGGCUACAACGAAGACUCUGUCACCAUCUACGAUGUGACCGACAAGAAGGGCAAUACCACCAACAUCAUCUCUCGAAUCGAGUACCCCGGUGUCGAGUAUUCCCACCAGGGUGUCGUCAACAGCGAGAAGUGGCAAGAGUACCUCUUCCUCGACGACGAGUUCGACGAGCGUGAUGCCCGUGAGGGUCCCGAGUCCCUUAGCCAGGGUCUGCCCACUACCCACAUCAUUGACAUCCGCGACCUGGAGAACCCUGUCUGGACUGGCUCGUUCGCUGGCAAGACUCGCUCCAUUGACCACAACCAGUACGUCGUUGACGGUCUGCUGUACCAGUCCAACUACGGCAACGGCCUCAACGUGUACGACAUUACCAGUGUCACCGAGGACCCCACUGGCGACAGCGUUUGCGAGGUCGGCUUCUUCGACAUCCACCCCGAGGACGACGAGUUUGAGGGUGGCGGCACCGUCGCCUUCCUGGGCUCGUGGUCCUCUUACGCUUACUUCAAGUCCGGCUUCAUCCUCGUCCACACGAUUGAGCGUGGCUCCUUCAUCGUGAAGCUCUCGAGCAAGGAGUGCCCCAAGGCUCCCAAGUGCAACGCCGACAACUGCCUCCGCGCCAUGCGCGCCAGCCACAUUGACGGGCGCCUCGAGGAGUCCAUGGAGUUUUGCGGCAACUUCACCCAGCGCCUCCGCACGGACGAGGGCCUCCUGCCAGACUACGCCGCCAAGGCCUGCCCUGAGAACAGGGGCAACGAGCCCAUCGCCAGAGUCAGCAGCGCUUGCGCUUGCCUCCCUACCGAGCCCGUGCCCGAGCUGCCCAGGACGACCACCCGUGGCCCAGUGCCCACCGUUCUGCCUCCCAGGGCCUAG